CGAUCCGCCGCCGCCGAGGAAGCGAUGGCCGAGGCCGACGAUGCCGCGGCCGCCCGCCGCCGCACCGUGGUCACCGACUACCGCAACAAGCUCCUCAACUGCCGGGAGCUGGAGACGAGGGUCCGCACAGCUAGGGAGAACCUAAAAAAGGCAAAGAAAGAUUAUGAUAAAACAGAAGAUGACUUGAAGUCUUUGCAGAGUGUGGGCCAAAUCAUUGGUGAAGUACUUCGGCCAUUGGACACUGAAAGAUUUAUCGUCAAAGCCAGCAGUGGGCCACGUUAUGUGGUUGGCUGCAGAAGCAAAGUUGACAAAGAAAAGCUGACAGCUGGAACGCGGGUUGUUCUUGACAUGACAACUUUAACCAUUAUGCGCACUCUACCACGUGAGGUUGAUCCGGUGGUCUAUAACAUGCUACAUGAAGACCCUGGCAAUGUCAGUUACUCAGCUGUAGGUGGAUUAUCAGAUCAAAUAAGGGAACUGCGAGAGUCUAUCGAGUUACCGCUUAUGAAUCCUGAACUCUUUCUCCGUGUUGGGAUUAAACCGCCAAAGGGCGUUCUGCUCUAUGGCCCACCUGGAACUGGGAAGACAUUGCUUGCUAGAGCUAUCGCUAGCAACAUUGAUGCAAACUUUUUAAAGAUUGUUUCAAGUGCUAUCAUUGACAAAUAUAUUGGUGAAAGUGCCCGUCUUAUAAGAGAAAUGUUCAACUAUGCACGUGAGCAUCAACCAUGCAUUAUUUUCAUGGAUGAAAUCGAUGCCAUUGGUGGCCGAAGAUUCAGUGAGGGCACUAGUGCAGAUCGUGAAAUCCAACGGACAUUGAUGGAGCUCCUAAAUCAGUUAGAUGGAUUUGAUGAGCUUGGGAAGGUCAAGAUGAUUAUGGCGACCAACAGGCCUGAUGUCUUGGAUCCUGCACUCCUUCGUCCUGGACGCUUGGACCGGAAGAUAGAAAUUCCAUUGCCGAAUGAGCAAUCGAGGACAGAGGUGCUGAAAAUCCACGCAGCUGGUAUCGCCAAACAUGGUGAAAUUGAUUAUGAGGCUAUUGUUAAGCUCGCUGAGGGCUUCAACGGUGCCGAUUUGCGCAAUGUCUGCACUGAAGCUGGCAUGGCUGCCAUCCGGGCAGAGCGUGACUAUGUCAUCCACGAGGACUUCAUGAAGGCGGUGCGAAAGCUGAAUGAUGCCAAGAAGCUCGAGUCUAGCGCCCACUACAGCGCAGACUUUGGCAAGGAAUAAGAGAUCAGAGUAGGACACCACUGUCUAAACUCGAGAUGAUUUACUGAGCCUUUACUUCUACCAUGGCGGAGUUUGUCAUCCUGGCAAUACCAGAGCGAUCAUGUACGUUUCUGCAUUGUAUAUGCUUUGGGAUGUAUGCCCUUGCCGCACAAGUUCGUCUCGGCUUCGUUGAAAACAGAUUCCAUGUACACGCCGGUGUUCAUUCUGAAACCGGCCUACUUGAGCGACAGCUAUUCUUAGAUUUAUAACGUUUGCUUCUCCUAGUUGCUUGGAAUCAAGAAAUGUUGGAAAAAUGUAACAAUUGCAACUUGUGUUUCUGUCUUCUGUUACUCUACCUGGAAUUAAGGAAUGUCCAAGAAGGAACAUUUGCAGCG